AUGGAUAGCGGCAUUUCAUCUGCAGGCCACCACCAGGCCAAACCAGGCUCCGGCGGCGCCUUAGGCACAACCGCAACCACAGCCACCCUAUCAUCCUCAUCCCCGCCUCCAGCCUCAUCCUCAGCAGGUUCCUCUCACCCGUCCCCCUCAGCCGCCUCGGGUACCACCACCGAAGAACAGCACCGCGAGCUGGACGAACUGCUCUCAGAUAUGCUGCUGACCGUCCAGUCGAUCCCCGACGUGCAGACGACGGCUAGCAGGCAGCACCAAGCGCGGUACGGCUCGCAGAAUCACGCAGCAGCGAGCGGGGAGGACGAACAAGGGAUACCGUACCAUGCUAGGCAGACCAGUCAGCCGUUCAGUUACGGUGUCAACGCCACCAUGAUCGGCGAUUCGAAGAAGCUAAGCAGUCCCAGCCUGGUUCGAAAAGCGACCGUGAACCGCAGCCAUGGUGAUACGCUGCAAAAAGUGCAAGCCCAGGUGUGUCCAGACUUCAACUCGAAGUCCAACUCGUACAACAACUACGGCUACUCGAAAUCCCCCUACCACAACAAUUCUCAUUCGUAUUCGUCUUCUCCUGCCAAAUACGACCCCAUCGAUGAUAUUUUCACCAGCAGUGCUCUUAACGCCAAACCCAAGAAGAACCUUAGCAGAGAUGAGUACUACAGAGAAGAAACGAAACGGUACGAUCCUCUGAAAAGAAGUUUGACAGAAGGUACCAUCCAAAGGAACCGAGAGAAAAUUUACAAAGACCCAAUAGGAACUUAUUCGGAUACCGAAAGUCUUUCACCACCUGGUCAAUUUAGGAACAAUACUAGGUCACCUGAGUUCCAUGAAACGUACGCAACUGGAAGCAACUUAACAUGGCUUCAACGGCAGCAACAGAAACUGAAAGAGCGUCGAGAAUUGCAGCUCAGAGAAGAACGGCAGCCUCACGAAACUCGGCUGCUAUCAGAAUUGAAACGUGUACAAAGUAGACAUAUGAGACCUACGGCUAGUCAUAGGCUAGAUGGAUAUACCAGUGACACAACAGCUUUUGCUGACGAUGAUGAUGAUUACACCAUCCCUUUACAUAUCAACACCACCCAAAAAACUGGCACAUUAGGUUCAACUUCCAGUUACAGUACUCUAAAGUCUAAUUAUAGCGGUACGAAAGAAAGGCCGUUCAUGAGUGUCAAAAGGGCACAUGACUUCAAUUCACAGAACCGCGAUCACCAAACGGCAGCCCAACUCCUAGCAGCCAAUCCUCUAGGCCACGCACUUCGCACCCCUCCAGACUCUGGUCUCCUGUCAACUGUGGAGGACCACUACAAAGUUUCAGGCACAACCAAUGGAGGGCUGACCACGGUGGGUAUCACCUCCUCCUCUGAGGACUCGCCUCCCUCCUCAACGUCUACCGACCAGCACCACCAGCAAGACAGCGCGCACCGACUAAACGCACUCAACGAUCUUAUUGCUAACCUAUCAGGCAGCGGCUCUGAUCACUCUAGUAACAGUCCUAACAGCACCACUUGCGCCGCAUGGCAGUAUCGAGAAGAAGGUCACGUGUGGCAAGCACAGUCGCUCAGCGAAGUUGACAGCAGUUCGUCUCCUAGACCCCAAACUCCAGCGUUCCCAGUUGCCAGGACACCCUACAUGAACAAUACCCCCACCCCAACGCCAACAGUACAGUUCGACUUGCCGUCCGAGAGGUUGCCUCCCAAGAGUCCGAAUACCCAGCGCCGUCUGAGUUUUCCCUCAUCGACUAAAAAUUUGAAGUGGUCACUUUCUCCAGAAAGAAAGGACCGACCUACUUCUCCCUCGGACUUCACGAAUGGCUCGAUCACAGAGUACAGUCACGUUACGCAUCGUAGCAUCUCCGCCACUCCGACCUCAGGCCACAGGGACAUCUCAGAGACGUACCAGCAUAGUCCGAAGAGUCCCAGUUACAACGGACCUUCAUCACCCACGGUUUAUUACGAUACGUCUCGUAGAAGUUCUCUGACUUCAAGCAACGAAUCGCCACAUGAAGUAUCUGCUGCUAAUGUGAAAUUUGUCAGAGAUACGUCCAAAUAUUGGUAUAAGCCUACAAUAUCUAGAGAACAAGCUAUCCUGAUGCUUCGCGACAAACCUCCAGGCACCUUCGUCGUACGGGACUCAAACUCUUUUCCAGGAGCGUUCGGUCUGGCGGUACGCGUAGCCAUUGUACCUCCCACUGCUCCCACUAGAUCAGGAAGUGCUGAUGACCUCAUCAGGCAUUUCCUCAUUGAACCAACAUCACGGGGAGUCAGGCUCAAAGGAUGUCAAGGAGAACCAGUAUUCAGUUCGCUGUCUGCAUUGAUAUAUCAACACUCGAUUACACCAAUGGCGUUACCUUGCCGAUUAUUGUUGCCUCAAGAAGAUUUCAUCAGUUCAGAUAGACAAGGACAACAUUCGCUGUAUACUCAGGGAGCUGCUUGCAACGUACUGUAUCUGAAUAGUGUAGAUAUGGAGUCUUUAACAGGUCCCCAAGCCGUGAAGAAAGCAGUGAUGACCCUUUUCCAAAAAUCACCAACGCCUACGACCGCUGUAGUCCAUUUCAAAGUGAACGACCAAGGAGUCACGUUAACAGACAAUAAGAGAAAAUUAUUCUUCAGAAGGCACUAUCCUAUCCCCACUGUAUCUUACUGUGGCAUUGAUCCUGAAGAAAGAAGGUGGUUAGUAAAUGCUGAAGAUGCGGGAGGUGUCAAGAGUUCCAAUCGCAUAUUCGGCUUUGUAGCAAGAAAAUCGAACGUUAGCAACCCCGACAACCAGUGCCAUCUAUUCGCCGAACUGGAACCAGAGCAACCGGCCACGGCCAUUGUAAACUUCCUUAACAAGAUUCUCAGCUCCAGCGGCAUCAAACCUAAUAUUGUAUAAAGCUAUUUUGUAGAUUGUUUAAUGCACACGGAGGAAAUGAACUACAUCACAAAACGAUUUUUGAAGGAUGAAAAAAUUAGGUCAAAUGAUGAAAGGCUAGCUUGUGAUGAAUAUGUUUAUUAAAAUUUGAGCAAAUAUGGUCAACCGCAAUAAAUGACAACUGCGACUGGGGGUUUUUAACUGUCAGACUCAACAAAAACAGGCAAGUUAAACGCCGUGGUCCACGUAAAAUUUGAAAUGUUUGACUAAUAGUUAGGGGCAGAACAAAAUGGUUGGGAAUUGUUGAAGAAGGUUCGUUCCAAAUCGAUGAAUAUAUAUCUUUGCAAAUGCAAUAAACUGUUUUAAUGAACCUUUUGAAAUGAUUCAAAAACCAUUGAGAUAAAAAAAACUCGAGAAGGGCACGUUUGUAGAAAAUAAAUAAAAUUUCCGCUCUACUAGUUGAGGUUAACUGGUUCAACUUCAGUUUCAAGAUUUGUCUCACACAUACAGGUCAAGUUUCAAUGCAAAAAAAUAUUUUAAACGAUUUUGUCGAAAGUUAAAAAUAACAUCCUCAGUCUGCCUUAAUGAACAAUUUCCGAUAAGUUUUUUAAUUGCCCCUUUUCUAAAGCUCUAUGUGGUGGACUAUACAUAGACAUUGUAAAUAAUCCAAAAUAGAUUUUGGAAUAAUAUAGUAUACUCAAUAAAAAUAAUUUUAAAAAAAAAUAAAUUAUCACUAUGACCAGCCUUUCAAUAUUUGAACAGUUAUGUUCUAAUAAUCGGUCAGUAUUUGCGACAUACUUAUGGUUGAUUCUAAAAUAAUUGCCGAAAAUUUUGACAGCUAGUCCAUUUUUAUCAUUUUAAAGCGUAGUUUUUAAGAAAUUUUAUUUUAAUUUCGAAACUUUAUUGUACCCUGUACAUGUACAUAUAUUUACAUACAUAUUUAUGUGUUGAGAGAGAAAUUCAUUUGUGAAUUUUUUUAUUUAAACCAAAUGCUUAUGGAAACUGAUGACGUACAUACAUAAUAUGCAGCUACUGUUAACUGGUUCUUGUUAGUGUUAAAGUAUAUUAUGAAAUUUUAAGAUACCAAAUAUAUUGAAGAUAAAUAUAGAGCUUGAAUCAUCAAAAUAAUGUGGUGUGUCCAUAUCGUAUAAACAUUUAACUUUUUAAACAAUGGCGUGCAAAAAAAUAUCUCAUAGAUGCAAGAGUUGCUAAUUAUUUUGUCUUUCAAAUUAUUAAGCAUUUUUUAGUGCUUUUGUUACGAUUACUGAACGUAAGUGCAUUUAAGUUUAUGUUAAAAUAACUAACGUAUAUGUUCAAACUGAAAAAAAUAAAAUUUCUAGACAUCCAACAAAAAAGCUGUAAUACGUGACUAAUACUUAUAAAAAACACUUUUUGGUAACGAUGAAGAUUAUUUUUGUAUGUCAUUGUUAAACACAUAUUUAUUUUGUCACAUCGCUAACAAGACAUGAUCAGUCAUUAUUUUGUAAUCAGGGUAACUUCUUUAGACCUGUACUCACAUUUCUUGUUAACACUAUUAUAUUGAAUAUUUUAUUGUAUUUAACAUUGUAAUUUUCAUUUCAUCAAUAGUACAAAAGUAAUCAUUAAUCAAAAUGUCAAUCAAAUCUGUUAAUUAUAUAUUACUGUUAUCAUGUAAUAGGUAUUUAGAGUAUAUUAAAACAAAAUAUACAGAAACUAAUUUAAA